UAUGGUACAACUAAUAUUUUAGUAAUUACACUGCAUGUAUAUAUUGGGUUUUUGAUUAUUUCUGGUCUAUUGCGCAGGAAUAAGGAUACAAGUCGAGAUGAAUUUAUCUUUUACUCAAAAAGAUUAAUGAGGCUGCUGAUUGAGCAUGCUCUCUCCUUCCUACCACUCAAGCCUGUUACAGUGGAAACGCCUCAGGGAGAACUAUAUGAAGGAAAACGAUUUGGUGGGAAAAGGAUAACUGGAGUCUCUAUUCUUCGCGCUGGUGAAACAAUGGAGCAAGCACUGACAGCAGUGUGUAAGGAUAUCAGACUAGGGAAGAUUCUCAUUCAAACAAACCAUGAUACAGGAGAACCUGAGCUCCAUUAUCUUCGGUUACCAAAGGAUAUCAGUGAGGAUUAUGUAAUACUCAUGGACAGUACAGUAUCAACAGGAGCUGCUGCUAUGAUGGCAGUUCGAGUCCUUUUGGAUCAUGAUGUACAAGAGGAUAAAAUCUUUCUGAUCUCGCUGCUAAUGGCUGAGAUGGGUGUGCAUUCUGUUGCUUAUGCUUUUCCUAAGGUCAAUAUCAUCACAACAGCAGUGGACAAGAAAGUAAAUGAUGAAUUCCAUAUAAUUCCAGGAAUAGGUAACUUUGGAGAUCGAUAUUUUGGCACCGAUGCACCGUCUGAUUGGUAUGAGAGUGACGAGGGAAUGGACUGCUGAGUAUCAUUCUCAUUACCUGAGGGACAUGACAGCAAUCUGGACAAAGCUAUAAAGACUGCAGUUAUCCCUGGAUGUAUUUUGACCAUAUGUUGAGGACAAUAUCAAAAUGAGUUCUUGAUCCAAAUUUGGAUCAAUUCAUAUGUACUUUGGAUUUUUCCAAAUGUUACUGUUUGUUAUAAAUUCAGGCAUUGAAUGCUCCAUAAAGGGAACUAUGUAUUUAUUAAAGUAAUAUUCAGAAUACCUGAACUAUUUCCCAAUUUCAUCUGAAUACAAUGCCUAGGAUUCGUUUUCUGUGCUAUAUACAGAACUGACCUCUUUGAGCAACUAAGUAGUUUGAAGCAUAACUUGUUUAGUUUUAAAAAUCUGGGAAAAUCAAGAUAUUUCUGGAAGUUAUUGUGUUUUAUUUUCAAAAUGAGAAGGCGAAUACAUUUAUUUGUAUCACUCAGGACUGAUGAAUGCCUAAAAAGUAAUUUAUUGGACCAUCAUGUCAUAGCUGUUCAUAUAUGGGACAUUCAAAUGACAAACCAAAUGCCAAUGAUCUUAACCGUGGGUAAUAUUGUGAUUUUACCCGAUUCAUCCUCAACGUUGAUUAUCCCAAACUGUAUUAGCAAUCUUCAAUCGAACAAAACUCCACCUUCAUUUCACCUUAUUUCAGGUACCUCUCAGGAUCUAUAGCGACUUCCCUCAACAUUUCCCUUGGUAACCUCUAAAUGAUCUGACUUUAUAGAAGUUCUGUAUCACUGAUCUGGAAAAAGGGAUUUUGUUAUUAAACUGUCCAAAGACACUUCUCAUGCUGGGGAAAAAAAGUUUUCAAAGGGAAAAUAAGGUUUUUAAUUAGGCAUGAGGAUGAUUCUGAAUGCACUAAUCAAUUACACACAAUUGUGUAGUUUCCCCCAUCACUUGUCUUCUAAUUGUAUUACAGUGAACACUCAAAAGUACCUGCCAUCAUUGCUGAAAGUAACUUCAUCUGAAAUGUUCAGAUUGCCAUGUUGCAAUCGUAUAUCAAGAAUAGAAAGUAUUUAUUGGGAGAUGCAAAGCGAAGCUAUACUCACUUCCCAUUGUGGAGUGUCGGACUAAAUAAAAUGAGUAGGUGAAACCCAUUUUCUCUCUGGUGGUUACAGUGAAAAGCAUAAAUUAACUUUGACAGGUUAAUAUAAAGUUGUAGACAAAUGUCAUGGGACACUGCAAUGAUGCAUAAUACAGGACUCUUCAGAGGUUUAGUCCUUCAAAAUUCUGCAGGAUGUUAAGUUGUACAAUAUGUGUAUGCAGCUUAUGCUUAAUAAAUUGUGAUUGAAAUUUGUAGAGCCAGGCCUCUAAUGUCUUGUUUUUUUAAAAAAUAAAAAUCUGUUAUUUAAAAGA